ACAUCUCCCAGCGUCGCGCGCGGAGCCUGUUACACGACUAUUAUCUUUCGCCGAAAUGUAUAAUAUUGUCCCCGACGCACGCGUGUUCCCGACAGUGCUUUUACGAACCGGUGUGAAAGUGUGCGGGUUGAAGAUAUCCCUUUUGAUCGGUCGAAUUUACAAAUCUGACAUACGUGCAUCUUUCGUUCCUCUCUGCCGAUUUUAAACAGGUCCGGACAACGUUCGAGACACUGACGGAUUGGGGGAAGAAGACGAAAAAGACAAGAGCGUAGAGAUUCAAGCGUAACGUCAGCCACUACACUUUAAUCGCGACAUUAGAAACUGCAAAAUAUUGAUCUCGGUCUCGUACAAUUUCACGCGCGCGCACCCUUCUUCCGAUCUUAUCGUAUUAUCGUGACAAACAACUUAAUUCGUUAAUUUAGGAAAGGGUAGAGAGCAGCAAGAGAGAGAGAGAGAGAGAGAGAGAGAGAGAGAGAGAGAGAGAGAGAGAGAGAGAGAGAGAGAGAGAGAGAGAGAGAGAGAGAGAGAGAGCAACAAACAGAGAAACAGAAACAGGAGGAGCAAAGAUCGGGAGCAGAAUCAGGAAGAGGAGUCCGAGCAGAGAGAGAAGCAGCAUGGUGUUCACAUUAACAUUGCCACUAAUCGGCUUGGAGCCGACAAAAUUUAGCGCACUGAGCACAAGGUUUCAAUGCGAAGUAAUCCAGGGCUGGCCGCCGUCGGCUCCCGAACAAAUUUCGCCAAGCGCCAUUAAAAACUCCAACGACGUCAGUUGCCUCGCGUUGUUCGGAUCUACGCGCGACGAGGAGUCAUCAUCAUCGUCCUCGCCCAGCGUCUCGUCUUCGUCGACGAAGAGCGCCUCCGUUGGGAGCGAGAGUCCACGUGAGCAACGGAGCGAGCAGGAUAUACGGAUCAUGUAUCAAGGGCGGGAUAUAUUAAAUCUGGCGGCGAACAUCCGCGAUCCCGUAUGGAGCAGCCGAGAUAUGUGGCACAGGACGGAGGAGUACGAGUCGCUGACGCCAAGCCGUUCGAUCAUGCAACGACUGCAGGUGCAAACGCUUACCGAGGACGACACGAUGGACGCCUGCACGAUUUGUAAAUUCCGUCAACCCAAGCCUUAUCUAUACUAACAUAAGCCUACCAACGGUAUAAAUCAACGGACGAGCGAAAGGUCUGUUUGUCCACUCUUAUCAUUCGUACACGAUGAUCAACCACGACUGUACGACGAUGGUACGACAGUAUAUACUACAUAUAAUUUCUGCAAUGGACUUACGACUCGUAUUCAGUUUAUCACUGUUGGUCUCACUUCCUAAUUCCUAGUUUGGAUCGACCACCGUUUAACCGAUCGUAUAACCAAGCGGCAGCCUCUCGUAACAAAUAUGAACGAACAGAAGAGAGGUCGAGAACCCGAUGAAAGUUGCAACUAAAUGCAUAAAACUGUGUCGCAAGCGCUGUCGCAAUUACGACAGUAUUCUUUCGAUCAUAGUAGAUCUAUAGAAAGUACAAAAAGUAAAAUAUUGCUAUAAAAAGUAAAAAAAAAAAAAUAAUAGUUACACGAA